CGCCCCGUGGCAGGGGCCGCGGCGACAUGGCCGUGCGUGUCGGCCUCCUGCUGCGGGCGCUGCAGCUGCUGCUGUGGGGCGGCCUGGACGUCCAGCACGCCCAGCGCGUAGGCCAGGAGCUGCGCAGGGAGGCUGAGGCAUUCUUGGAGAAGUACGGAUAUCUCGAUGAUCAGGUCCCCAAAGGUCCCACCUCCACGCGAUUCCGCAAUGCCAUCAGGGAGUUCCAGUGGGUGUCCCAGCUGCCCAUCAGUGGCGUGCUAGACUCGGCUACCCUGCGCCAGAUGACACAGCCCCGCUGCGGAGUAGCAGAUACUGACAGCCAGGUGGCCUGGACCCAGAGAGUCAGUGCCCUUUUUGCUGGACGCCGGGCCAAAAUGAGGCGUAAGAAACGCUUUGCAGGGCAAGGCAACAAGUGGUACAAGCAGCACCUCUCCUACCGCCUGGUAAACUGGCCCCAGCACCUGCCCGAGCCGGCAGUUCGGGGGGCCGUGCGCGCCGCCUUCCAGCUGUGGAGCAACGUCUCGGCGCUGGAGUUCUGGGAGGCUCCAGCCACAGGCCCCGCUGACAUCCGCCUCACCUUCUUCCAAGGGGACCACAACGACGGGCUGAGCAACGCCUUCGAUGGCCCAGAUCAGAAACUAAGGCACAGAGAGGUUAAGCUAUCAGCCCAAGGUCACACAGCUAGUACGGGGUUAAAACCAGGAUUGAAAGCCACGCAGUUUGGCCCCCUGCUGUGUGUACACCAAGCUGCCUCUUCGGAGCCCAGACCCCACAGCCUAGUCAUCUGUUCAUUGCUCCACACUUCAGCUUCUAUCGGCCACACGCUCGGCCUGACCCACUCGGCGGCGCCGCGCGCGCUCAUGGCGCCCUACUACAAGAAGCUGGGCCGCGACGCGCUGCUCAGCUGGGACGACGUGCUGGCCGUGCAGGGCCUGUAUGGGAAGCCCCAGGGGGGCUCAGUGGCCAUCCAGCUCCCGGGAAAGCUGUUCACUGACUUUGAGGCCUGGGACCCCCACAGACUCCAGGGAAGGCACCCUGAAACCCAGGGUCCUAAAUAUUGCCACUCUUCCUUCGAUGCCGUCACUGUAGAUGGGCAACAGCAACUGUACAUUUUUCAAGGGAGCCACUUCUGGGAGGUAUCAGCUGAUGGCAACGUCUCCGAGCCCCUCCCACUACAGGAAAGGUGGGCGGGGCUGCCCCCCCACAUUGAGGCUGCCGCAAUAUCACUGGAGGAUGGAGACUUCUACUUCUUCAAAGGAAGUCGAUGCUGGAGGUUCCGGGGCACCAAGCCAGUGUGGGGCUCACCACAGCUGUGCCGGGCAGGGGGCCUGCCUCGCCACCCCGAUGCAGCCCUCUUCUUCCCUCCUCUGAGCCGCCUCAUCCUCUUCAAAGGCCCCCGCUACUAUGUGCUGGCCCCAGGGGGACUGCAGGUGGAGCCCUACUACCCCCGAGGCCUGCAGGACUGGGGCAGCGUCCCUAAGGAGGUCAGUGGUGCCCUGCCCAGGCCCGACGGCUCCAUCAUCUUCUUUAGAGAUGACCGCUACUGGUCCCUGGACCAGGCCAAACGUCAGACAACUGCCUCAGGCCGCUGGGCCACAGAGCUGCCCUGGAUGGGCUGCUGGCACGCCAACUCAGGGGGCGCCCUGUUCUGAAGAUGCCCCCAACCUCUUAGUGGACUGCGGAUGCCCUCAUGGCCAACUUGUGUCCCCUGCCCCGAGGACAGACAAGCCUCUGGGGCUCCCUGCAGAAGUCCGGGCAGGAAAGUUUGCCUGCGUUUGUUCCCUGGAGAAUGUCUUUGUGCUGUCAAGACAUUGAUCUUUGUGGGAUCAAUCCAACGAACGAGAAGCCAAAAAGGGUUCCAGAUGCCAUGACCCUUUCCCCCAGGACCCUUUCCUCCCCAAUCCUGGGGGAUUUUGUUUUUUUCCCUAAAGAUGCAAUUCCUGUCUGUGGGGCUACAGCAUUGGGCAACCAGGAAGGAUGCAAAACAACAGAGUGGUUGGGACCACUUUGCAAGACCGUCCCUUGCUCUCAGGACCUCCUUGUCAGUCCAUGGAGAAAUGUGUCUUAUUUAAUCAGAGGCCCCACCCCUCAGGAAGCUUAGAUGGGUUGGGUACAAGGGUCUCCAAUUUCAGGGGCAUCAGGAUCAGAACAAGAAGGAGACUGAACAAGAAGCAGGCCUGCUGGGCCCUGUUUUUUGUGGAAUAAAGAAAUGCCCCAGCUGGUGGGCUUGGAGCAGGGAA